UGCAUGAUCUUCUCCUCGCCCUUCUGCCGCGGAGGCCGCGUGGAGCACUUCUUCUGCGACAUCGCCCCGGUGCUGCAGCUCAGCUGCGCAGACAGUGCGCACAGGGCGCUGGGCAUCUUCUUCCUGAGCGUGCUGGUGGUGCUCUUCUCCUUCCUCCUCAUCCUCCUGUCCUACGCCUUCAUCGUGGCGGCCAUCCUGCGGAUCCGCUCCGCCGCCGGCCGGCGCAGAGCCUUCUCCACGUGCGCCGCGCACCUCACGGUGGUCGUGGUGCAUUUUGGCUGCGCCUCCAUCAUCUACCUGCGGCCCGACUCUGGGGCGAACCCCGCCCGGGACCGCCUGGUGGCUGUGUUCUACACGGUGGUGACGCCGCUGCUCAACCCCGUGGUGUACACUCUGCGCAACAAGGAGUGCUGCGACAGGCCCCACAGCCUUGUGCACAUUGGCAAGCGCUCUACCUCGGAGCCACCUCCGCAGCCCCACGUCGUGGGAUCUUCAUUCUCAAAGCAACAAGUGUGAGAGGUGGAACUAGAAGAGAGGAUAAGGUCGUGAGUGUUCUAAUCUUUUGAGUGGAUUAAUGUCAACAUUGGGGAAGUAGAUAAGUGACCCUUGGAGUGGUCUCAGCCCCCUCCCUGUCUCUAAUGCUCUCCUGCCUUUCUACCUUCUGCCAUGGGAUGGUGAAACCACAGCCCUGGCCAGAUAUGGCUUCUUGGACCUCCCAGCCUCCAGGGAAAAAAAAAAAAAAAAAAAA